UAUGGUACUCUGCUCGUCAGAAUGCCGGACUCGGGAAAAACAAAAGAAAAGGGAAAAAGGAAACAUAAGAAGCUUUUUGGCGCCAAAACUGAAGAGAAUCCAAAUCCCUACUCUCCAAUUGGGAAAUUGAAAAUCCCCAAAAGUGGAAAGAAACUUCUCCUCCCUCCCUCCUCGUAACGCUCGCUCUCUCUCUCUCUCUCUCUCUCUCUCUCUAGGGUUUCGGGUGCAGAUCGCUAAUGCCGACUACUUGUACUCCAACGAAGACCACAACCACUUGUGGCUCUCUCCUUCAGGAAUUGCAGGAAAUAUGGGAUAUAAUUGGGGAGAGUGAUUGUGAAAGGGACAAGAUGCUUCUACAGUUAGAGCAGGAAUGCCUUGACAUAUACAGGAGAAAGGUAGAAAAAACCAGAAAGUACAAAGCCGAUUUGAGCGAGUCAUUGGCCGAGUCAGAAGCUGAAAUCAGUAACCUCGUCUCUGCCCUUGGUGAACAAGCUUCCUGCCCACGGCAUGAGAAUGGGAAGAGCACUCUUAAAGAACGAAUAUCUGCCAUAAAACCUACUUUGGAGGAUUUAAGGUUAAAGAAAGAAAAAAGGAUCAAGGAGUUUUCGGAAACACGGUUACAAAUUGGACGGAUUUGCGCGGAAAUCUCAGGGAAUGAUCAGUUUGUUAAUUCUGCCGAGCCACAAGGAAAUGAGGCGGACUUGACAGUGAAGAAGUUGGGGGAGCUGAAGUCACAACUUCAGGAGCUUCAGUAUGAAAAGACUCUCCGUUUGCAGAAAGUUGACAAACAUAUCACUACAAUUCAUGCACUUUCAGUUGUUAUGUCACUUGAUAUCAACAAGACACUUACCAAAGCUCAUCCAAGCUUAGGUGAUCUUGCAAAUGGUCGACCAAAGAGCAUUAGCAAUGAGACCCUUGCUAGUUUAACAGGUCUGGUCCAGUCACUGAAACAAGAGAAACAACAAAGGCUACGCAAGCUUCAAGGUCUUGCGAGCACUCUUAUAGAGCUAUGGAGUCUCAUGAACACAUCUAGUGAGGAACAAAAGAGAUUCGACCACGUCACUUACUUAAUUUCUUCCUCUCUUGAUGGAGUGUCAAAGCAAGGAUGCCUUGCUUUGGAUAUCAUUGAGCAGACAGAAGCAGAAGUGGAACGUCUUAAUGUUCUAAAAGUCAGCAAGAUGAAGGAACUGGUAUUCAAGAGGCAAAAUGAGCUUGAAGAAAUCUACAGAGGAGUUCAUAUGGAUGUAGACAGUGGCACAGCACGACAGAUUCUCAUCAGCCUAAUGGAAUCUGGUAAUGUUAAUUUGUCUGAUCUUCUUUCGAGCAUGGAUGAUCAAAUCGCAAAAGCCAAAGAGCAAGCUCUUAGCAGGAAGGAUAUUUUGGACAAGGUUGAGAAAUGGAAAGUUGCGUCCGGGGAGGAGAACUGGCUUGAUGAAUAUGAAACGGAUGAAAAUCGAUAUAAUGCUGGCAGGGGAGCACAUAAGAACUUGAAACGCGCUGAGAAGGCAAGGAUUCUGGUCAGCAAAAUUCCAUUUCUUGUCGAGAAUUUAACGGUGAAAGUAAAAGCCUGGGAGACAGAGAAAGGAAUACCGUUCUUAUAUGAGAAGGCUGCUUUAUUGACCAUGUUGGAGGACUAUGCCGUGCUACAACAAGAGAAAGAAGAGGAGAAACGUAGAUUUCGGGACCAGAAAAGGCUGCAAGAACAAUUUGCAGCAGAACAAGAGGCACUAUAUGGUUCUAGGCCUGCAGUAAAAAAGCCUUUGCCUUUGAGUCAGAGCACAAAUGCUAACACAAUGGCUGGAACACCCACUGGUCAUCGCUCAGGGUUGGGGACUCCUGGGAAACGUCAUGGAAUCUCAGGCCCAAAGGAUCACCGGAGAGACAGUGGUAAGAUUGGUGCUGCUGCAAUACCCUUGAACUAUGUAGCUAUUCCAAAAGAUGACUUGGCCUCCCGAGGCAAUUGAUUUGAGAUCAUACGAAUGCAGUUUCAUAAUUGAAGAUAGGAUGUUUUAUUCUAUUUCCAGAGUAUUUCAUUGUUGUGGAUAUCUUUGUGAAUUCUGCUUAAGGCAUCUUGUAUAUGUUUGUAAAGUAGCUGAUCUUUCGUUGUGGUGGCAAAAUGCGAACUUAAAUUAGCG